AAAAACUCAAGCCUACAUUUCUGUAGGUCGAAACAACUUGUAAUAAAAUUGGUCAGGGACUGGGUCUCGAGAAUAGAACUUACGCCAAGGUGGCUGCUGGACUAAGAGGGGAUAGGACGAUCGCAUGGCUGCUCGGGUUGCCGUAGCAAAAUGGGUAGGUUGUCGAGGAAAUCAUCGACCAAACAGUUCCAGGGAUGCCAUUAUUAUUAAAAGUUUUGACUCUUCGGUGGGGAAAUUGAGGGCGUAUUUAUCGCGGUGAAAAAUAUUGUGAAAGAAGGAAAAUAAAAUAAUUGGGCAAAGUGAUGGAGACCGAGCAAGUGUACGUCAAGCAUCGAAUGCAAUUCGGAAAAUGGUGCAACUUCGAAGAAAAUGACGCGUUAGAAGUUGACAUAAAACCGAACGCUUCGCUGAUGCACGAGUUCGUCAGAAUUGAUCCGGUAACUGAAGGAACACAGUGCAGCAAAAGUUAUUCAUCACACGAGAUAAACACAACAACAGCGACCUUCAAGGAGUCCGGUUUACAUCACGUGGAGGGUGGCUGGCCCAAGGACAUAAAUAUGCACGAUUUAGAACAGACCGUAAGAUACAGACGGAAAAUAGAGAAAGAUGAAUUGUAUAUUCACACCAUGCUGCAAUUAUUGCCGCCGAUGGAACACUGCAUACUUCAAAACAACGCUUGCAACAUAUACGAACAGUAUUUUCAGGACACCGAGCCAGCCCCAUUGGUGCAGCGAACUUAUUCUCGUACAGUGAACGUUUAUCGCGAUUUGGCGCCUCUCAAACGUCCGAUCACCCACCUCUCUUGGUCACCCGACCAAGGCACAAGGUUGGCCGUCAGUUACUGCAACACCGAUUUCAAAAAGGCCAAAAAUUACAGUCCCUGCUCGUACAUCUGGGACGUAGAAAACCCGAACAACCCUUUUUUAACACUGAAACCGCAAUGCCCGAUUUUUACGAUUGAGUACAGCCCGAAAGACAGCAACACACUCGUCAGUGGCUUGAUGUCUGGACAAGUAGCUUUCUGGGACAUCAGGAGAGGUUCGGAGCCCGUUGAAACGAGCUUAAUCGAGGACAGCCAUCGCGAUCCGUGCGACAAAGUUCUUUGGAUUAAUUCGAAGACUGGAACCGAGUUUUUCAGUGCUUCCAAAGAUGGCCAGGUCAAGUGGUGGGACACUAGAAAGAUACAAACUCCGACGGACAACUUGGUUAUUGACUUGACGAAGCCCGAGGAACAAGAUAUAAAUCGGGCCAUAGGAGUGUCAGCCCUGCAAUUCGAGCCGUCGAUCGGCACGCGCUUCAUGUGCGGCCUAGAAAAUGGUACUCUCUUUUUUUUCCCCGAGUGUCGUACGAAAAACAAAUUGAAAAUGUAUAAUGGACGCGGACUCGUGAAAACUCGAACAGGUAUGGUCAUUUCCGGCAACCGGAAAGGAAAAACUCCGGGUGAAAAAAUUGCUACCAGAUUCAAAGUGCAGUACGGGCCGGUUAUUAGCGUCGAGAGAAAUCCCAUAUUCGUGAAAAAUUUUUUGACCGUCGGUGAUUGGACCGCGAGAAUAUGGUCCGAGGAUUGUAGAGAGUCUUCCAUCGCUUGGACUCCCGGUCACCGCGAUCUUCUUACUGGUGGCGCAUGGAGUGCGACGCGGUUUUCAGUUUUUUUUCUUACGAAAAUUGACGGUACUCUCGACGUGUGGGAUUUAAUUGUUCAACAAGAUUCUCCCGUUUUGAGUAUCAAGGUUUGCGAUGAGGCUUUGACGUGCAUGAGACCCCACGAACAGGGGCGCCUCGUAGCGGUAGCUGGAAAAAAUGGCACUACUUACCUAUUGGAAUUUUCCGAAGCGCUGACGAUUAACCAGAAGAACGACAAACUUUUAUUAACCGCGUUUUUAGAUAGAGAAACUCGGAGAGAAAAAGUAAUAGAAGCUAAGAAUCGAGAAAUUCGACUGAAAAUGAAAACAACUCUCCGACCGGAAGUUGAUUCAGAAGGUCAGGACGGCCCUUCCCGGGGAGGCGCUCAAAAGGCACGUGUCUUGGAUUCAAAGGAUCCUUUGAUAAUACAGUGUGAACUGGAUUACGAGACGGCUAUAGAGGCGGAAAUCUCCAGAAACGCUUUGAUCGAAGAAAACGAAGUGAAUAAUAAUCACUCACAAAAUGGAUUUUGAUUUUUGGAAAGUGUUUUAUUUAUUUUUUGUUUUAUCCACACCAACUGUCAAAUGAUCCGUCAAUGAAUCCUGGGACUACUACUGACAGAUCGAUUUAAAAUGGACCAAAAUAUUUCGACGAAUCGAUCUUUGUUGUAACACGUGCAUUAAAACUUCAGGAUAUCAGAGUUGUUUAAGAUUCGCGAUGGGAUUUCUGGAGCAAUAUUUUAUCAAUCAUGGUUAUCGUCAAAUAUUAAUAUAAUUGGUUAUUUUGUUGUAAGAAAUACUUUAAUAGACCUAGCCCAGGAAUUUGUAAAAAAUCACAUCUAUUGUAAAUUUACAAAAUAUAUAGAAAAUCCAGACUUGUAGUA